GGCUGCUCUCUGACGUCACCGAGCUGGCAGGCAGGAGGCGGCUCGACAGUUUGAACCGCGAACGGAGAGAGAGCGAGAGAAAGAGUGUGUGUGUGUAUGUAUGUGUGUAUAGAUAGACACGGGUUUGUCCGGUUACGGCACGCAGGCGAGUGUUUUACAGUCACUGUGUUCAGACUCGGAGAGGAAAUUAAGGAAAAUACCGACGAAGAAGAGCAGAGGAGGGGGGAAAAGAGAAGAAGAAGAAGGGUCGCGGCCGUUGGCGCUCAGUGAAACUUUAAGAUGGAAAAUUCAUCCAGCAACAGCCGGUUUCGGUCCACAGUGUUCAACCACGAUGAUGAGGACCAGGACAAGGAGUACGUGGGUUUCGCAACGCUGCCAAACCAGGUGCACCGCAAGUCUGUCAAGAAAGGAUUUGACUUCACGCUCAUGGUAGCAGGUGAAUCUGGCCUGGGAAAGUCCACCCUGGUCAACAGUCUGUUUCUCACAGAUCUGUACAAAGAUAGGAAGCUGCUCAAUGCAGAAGAGAGAAUCACACAAACGGUAGAAAUCACCAAACACACGGUGGAUAUAGAGGAGAAAGGUGUCAAAUUGAAACUCACCAUUGUGGAUACCCCUGGGUUUGGGGACGCUGUGAACAACACUGAAUGCUGGAAGUCAGUGGCUGACUACAUCGACCAGCAGUUCGAGCAGUACUUCAGGGAUGAGAGUGGCCUCAAUCGCAAGAACAUCCAGGACAACCGCGUACACUGCUGCCUCUAUUUCAUCUCACCCUUCGGUCACGGCCUCCGACCUCUGGAUGUGGAAUUUAUGAAGGCUCUCCAUGAGAAGGUCAACAUUGUCCCAGUCUUGGCCAAAGCAGACACACUCACCCCUGGUGAAGUGAAGAAAAAGAAAAUUAAGAUCAGAGAGGAGAUUGAGCAGUACGGUAUAAAGAUAUACCAGUUCCCCGACUGCGACUCAGAUGAAGAUGAAGAUUUCAAGCAACAAGACCAUGCGCUGAAGGAAAGCAUCCCCUUUGCAGUAAUUGGCAGUAACACCGUGGUGGAGGCCAAAGGAAAGAGGGUGCGAGGCCGUCUGUACCCCUGGGGUAUUGUAGAAGUGGAAAACCCAGCACACUGCGAUUUCGUGAAGCUGAGGAACAUGCUCGUUCGCACGCACAUGCAAGAUCUCAAGGACGUGACCCGAGAGACUCACUACGAGAACUACAGAGCCCAGUGCAUCCAGAGCAUGACCCGCAUGGUCGUCAAGGAGCGCAACCGCAAUAAGUUAACCCGGGAGAGCGGCACAGACUUCCCCAUCCCAGUGGUGCCCGGAGUGGCCGAGUCCGAGACGGAAAAGCUCAUCAGAGAGAAAGAUGAGGAGCUGCGGCGGAUGCAGGAGAUGCUGCAGAGGAUCCAGGAUCAUAUGAUCACUCAGAAGGAUGGCUAUUGAGAAACAAGAACCCAGUCACACUGUGUACAUGUGUUGCUCUCACUGGGAUUUAAUAAAAAAAGAAAAACUCCCCACUCCACCCCAAACAAACCUUUAUUCCACUCUUGGAUAUUGACAUCCCAAGCCACCUCUCAGCCUCAUCAGCAGCAUGUUAUACGUGGAUCAAGGACCCGGCGAGGAGGUGGUAAGACGUUUGCAGCUUAGCGACUCCCUUUAUCCUCUCCAGAAUCUCUGACAUUUACGGCAGCACCGCUGAGAAACACCCAACUCUCCCUGUCUGCUGUUUAAAACAGCUCUCGUGAUGUUCGCUUGAAUGAAUGAAAGGUUGGGGGUUAAUUCACAUAUCAGAGCUUUUUAUUUAGCCACAUGAUCACAGGGUUGUUUUUACAAGUUUACAUCAAAGCUUACACUUUUCUGGGUGUUUUUUCUGGUUUAUUUUUUAAAAAUCUUUACAGGUCAACAGGCACACACACACACAUACACACACACAUAUACAUAUAUAUAUACUGUAAUAAUAUAAUUUUCUAUAUUACACCUUUUUUUCCUACUGUUUUUGUUUUUUACAUGCUGUAUUUAAUGUUACACUGCUCGACUAUGUGGAUGAUGGAGGUUCCUGUUGGUUAAUUUGGUUUAAGGGUUGUUUAGAUUUUUGUUCAUUUGGUUUGAUCAGUGUCUGCAUGUUCACAAUUAUAGUUGUCACAUCUGAUGCCUGACGUCACAGAGUUGGCCAGUGUUAACUCACAAGCAAACUCACUGAUCGUCAUUGUCAACAUUCGAGAUGCGAUGUAUCUUUAAACCUGGCAGAGAAGUCUUUAAAAACCAUGUGGAGAAUUCCCAAAAGUGGCAAAGUCACAAAAGGUUGUUGAAAAACACAAGACCCUAGAUUUGCAUGAGAUGAGCGUCAAAGGGCAGGGUUGCAUUAAAGGCCAUGCAGUGGUUUUUAUUUUUGCAUGAGUUUUGUGAAGAUUACUCAGAUUGCAGAUCUGUUUGAUGAUCAUAAAGUGACCAGCUGUUGGGGUUGAUAAUAGAGGCUUUUUUUUUAUAUUUUAUAUAUACAUAUAUAUAUAUAGGUUUGUUAUAAUUUUGUUCUCACUUAAAGGGAGCUCCUAUGUUGGAUGAGUACUAACCUUUACAUUUAUCUUACAACCAAUGAUAAAUUUAAUAAUCCCAAUAUUUUUUUUUUUUGGAUUGGUCUUUAAAAGUGUGAAUUUUUUUACUUUUGCAACACCAUUACAACCCAUGAGUAAUGAUCAAAAACAAUGAAUGAACAUGAGUCUCUUGACAUUUUUUUUAAUGGUGCAGAGCUUUUUUUUUUUUUUUUUUUUUUUUUGUUAAUUAGAUUAGAUGACUCUACUCUGACUUGUGUGACCUUUGUUUAAAAAAUAUAUAUAUAUGAAAAAUACAUUCCUCGAGUUUCUAUCGCAGAGUCAGGUAACACUUUUUGUUUUUGAAUUCAUGUUAAAUUUGCCUUCGUUAUUUUGCAUUUUUUGAUUAUAUUUAUGUAAUAAAUUUAUAAAUGGAAGAGGAUGGAGAGGGCAAUGUGUACAAAUUCUAAUAUUGUAAUAAAAUAUGACUAUAAUUUCAA